AUGGAGUUGAAGAAUUACACGCACAUUUCAGAGUUUCUUCUUCUGGGAGUCUCCCAGGACCCCCGAUGGCAGCCCCUUCUCUUUGGCCUCUUCCUGGCCAUGUACCUGAUCACUGUGCUCGGGAAUCUGCUCAUCAUCCUGGCCACCAUCUCUGACCCCCAUCUGCACACACCCAUGUACUUCUUCCUUGCCAACCUGUCCUUAGUGGACGUCUGCUUCACCUCCACCACCGUCCCCAAGAUGCUGCUCAACAUCCAGACCCACAGCCGGGCCAUCAGCUAUGAAGGCUGCAUCAUGCAGAUAUACUUUUUCAUACUCUUUGGAGUUUUAGAUAACUUCCUCUUGACAGUGAUGGCCUAUGACCGCUUCGUGGCCAUCUGUCACCCCCUGCACUACACGGUCAUCAUGAGUCCCCGGCUCUGUGGAUUGCUGCUUUUGGGGUCCUGGAUCACGAGUGCCCUGAAUUCCUUGUUACAAAGCUUGAUGGCAUGGAGGCUUUCCUUCUGUACAGCCAUGGAAAUCCCACACUUUUUCUGUGAGCUUAAUCAAGUGGUCCAACUGGCCUGUUCAGACACCCUGCCUAAUGACCUGGUGAUGUUCUUUGCAGCAGGGUUGCUGUUCUGUGGACCCCUGGCUGGCAUCCUCUACUCUUACUGGAAGAUCGUGUCCUCCAUCCGGAAAAUCUCGUCAGCCCAGGGGAAGUAUAAAGCUUUUUCCACCUGUGCAUCUCAUCUCUCCGUUGUCUCCCUAUUUUAUUGCACAUGCUUAGGGGUAUACUUCAGUUCCUCCACCACGCAGAACUCACACUCAAGUGCAACUGCCUCGGUGAUGUACAGUGUGGUCACCCCCAUGCUGAACCCCUUCAUCUACAGCCUGAGGAACAAGGAUCUAAUGGGGGCUCUGAGGAAACUCUUUAAAGGAAAUGCAUGA